UUAGCGGUAUUUGUCGCGUCGCGUUCACGGUAAUGUGACGCGCCUGCGGAAGUUUUUUGCGGCUCUUCUUUCAGUGUUUGAGCGGAUUUACUGAAAGCCUGACGGAGAAAAGCUGCAGAAAACACAGCGAGAACUGAAGUGGAAGCUCCUGGAAGUGUGUGUUUCAUCAGUAUUCAGCGGACCGAGUGUUUGUUUCUUCACGAGUUUCUGCAACUCCUGCGCGCGCUCGACGCUUCAGUCAGAAGACGGAGUAUUAAACACCGGUGGUUUUACCCGAUAAACUCGACCAACUCUCGACGAGAUAUUCUUCAAAAGUCCAGGAAAACAGACGUGCUCUCCCAGUCCUGAUGACUCCCUGACCUGCUAUCAUGGAGAAGAAGUUCUGCAGUGUGCUUCUGCAGCAUUCCAGUGCGCUCACCAGCGCUCCCAUCAUGCCCUUCACCCCGCCGUAUGCUUCACAGCCUGUCAGUGAUUGGCUGAAUGGCCUGCGGCUCGACCAAUACAGCGUAGCGUUUCAGGAGGCCGGAUUGGGGACGUUGUGGCAAUGUCAGGAUUUAACCUCCGGCAAACUGCAGCGUCUGGGCGUAUCUCUGCCCGGACACAGAAAGCGGAUCCUCGGCAGCCUGCACAAGCUCUUCCCAUCAGAAACUGGGAUGGAGGAUGAUGAAGAGCGUGAUGAAGACAAACCCGUCGCCAGAGAAAGAACCAAAUUCCGAGACGGGACGCCAGAAAACUGUGUAUUAUCUAAAAAUCCGCCUCCCGUCCCGCCUCGAGUUACCGCUAACCGGCCUCCUGUUCCCUUCACAUCCACAACACUGAGUCCUGAACACAAGACCACGCCCACUCCUGCAGAUCGAGCAACGCCCACUCAUGUUGAACGAGCCACGCCCACUCCUGCAAAUCGAGCAACGCCCACUCAUGUUGAACGGGCCACGCCCACUCCUAGGCCACGCCCAGAACACUUGGCUCUUAAAGGGCCGGCGCCGCAGCUUCAGAGCAGAGCGUCUCCUGAGACUCCCUCAUCUUCUUCUUCCUCAUCUUCAUCGGAGCGGUUUCACCUGUAUGAACAGUGUUCCUCACCUGCUCAGGUGGAUACAGGUGCUCCUCCGCUUCCUCCAAAGAGCUAUGCUGUGGCUGUUUCUAAAGAGCAUAAAGAUGCUCCUCCGGUCCUCUACAGGCCUCCUAUUCCACCGCCUCGGGGCUCCGUCUGCACCAGAAACCUGCCGUCCGGAAGCCCACCUGCUCUCAGUGCUCCUGCAGAUGAUCCAGCAGGUCCGGAUCCAGUGCCAGACAUUCCUCCGCGGGUCAGACCUGCACACGACAGCCUGAGGAGAGACGCCCCGCCGCCACACAAAAACAAGUUGGAUUCAGAGGACAGUUCAGAUGAAUAUGACGAGCGCAGAGAGUCCUGCAGAGACGCUAAACUCAUAGACAUGACCAGCAAGAUGUCGUUGAUGGUGCCGAAGCCGCUGAAGCAGCGCUACAACAGCCUCUGCAGCGAUGACGAGCUUCUGGAUGACGACUCCGGCUGCUACGAGUCCGUCUCCGUCAAGGUCAGACCGAGCUCCUGGAAUGCGGAUCUGGCCUCGAUCUCCUCUUCCCAGAACAGUGUUUACCUGCCCAGCUCAGGUUAUAUCAGCGGCUCUCCCCCGCGGGACGACUGGGCCUCCGCUGAUGUGCCUGUUAUGAAGAUGGGCUGGCUGGACAAGAAUCCUCCUCAAGGGUCUCUGAUCUACCAGCGCCGUUGGGUCAAACUGGACUCUGAAUACCUGAGAUACUUCGACACUGAGAAGGACGUGUACUCAAAGAGGAUCAUCUCGACGGCCUCCAUCACUGAUGUGGUGAUUGUGGGAGAUCAGAAGUUUGAAGUGGUCACACACAAUCGCACGUUCCUCUUCAGAGCCGAGAGCGAGUUGGAGCGCUCCGAGUGGGUUUCUGCGCUGAGGAGCACUGUAGGAGUGUCUCGAGCAAACGCAUGUCUGGACCCAGAGAUGAAGGGCUAUCUGGAGCUGCGCGGCCUGCGCUCCAAACUCUACACGGUGGUGUGUGCGGAUAAAGUCUUCCUUUACAAGAACACAGAGGAAUACCGUCUGGGGAUCGGCAUCACCUCCAUCGAUAUGAAUGUUGGUAAUGUGAAGGAGAUCGACAGAAGAGCGUUUGAUCUGACCACACCGUAUCGCAUCUUCAGUUUUGUUGCAGAUUCAGACCAGCUGAAGGAUCAGUGGGUGGAGUCUAUGCGUGACUCCAUCGCUGAAGCUUUGUCCAAUUACGAAGUGGCUGAGCGGAUCUGGGCGGAGCCGUCCAAUCAGAUGUGUGCAGACUGCAGCGCAGCCAAACCUGAGUGGGCCUCCAUCAACCUGACGGUGGUGUUCUGCAAGAGAUGCGCAGGAGAGCACAGAAGUCUUGGCCCGAGCAUCUCAAAAGUACGCAGUCUGAAAAUGGACAAGAAGGUGUGGACUGAAGAUCUGAUUCAGGUCUUCAUCACUGUGGGGAACCAUCGAGCUAAUCAGUUCUGGGCGGCGAACGUCCCGCCUAGCGAAGAGCUAACGCUAAACAGUAGCAGUGCAGAGCGACGGCGCUUCAUCACCGCCAAAUACAGAGAGGGGAAAUACCGCAGAUACCACCCACUGUUCGGCAACCAGAGAGAGCUCAACAACGCGCUGUGCAUUAACGUUCAGUCCAGUGAUGUGUGUGAGACGCUGGCGCUGGUGUUCUGCGGUGCGGAUGUGAGCUGUGACACCGGCGACCCUGAUCUGACCUCUCCAAUCGCCCUCGCACAACACCACGGACAGAACCUGCAGGUGGAGUUCCUCACGCAGAACCGCAACACAGAGCUGCCGAGGUCAGAGGUCAAAGUCAACUUCGAUACGGUGCACUACAUGGCCCCGCCCUCCAUCACACAUAAUGGCUUCCUAUUUAAGACCGCCUCCAUGGCUCGACCAAUCACAGAGAAGAAGGGGAAAGAAGAGUUCAGUCGGCGCUGGUGUGUGUUGAACGACGGCAACUUUAGCUACUACGAAAGUGACAAAAACGCUACACCCAACGGAGGUCUGAAGAUGAGGGAGAUCGUCUGUCUGGCUGUCAACCCUGCUGAGACUCAUGGGUAA